UCUAGGAUUGUAGGCAUGAGCCACCAGCACCCAGCUUACCUUUUUCUUAUUUCAUCUACCUUCCUGCCAUCUAUAGCUGUAAUAAUUAUACUCUGGGAUCAGUAGUGCCUUCUGAUUGUGGAAAUUUGUAAUCAUGCUUUUGUAUUUUUCUCUCAGUAUCUAUAUGGGUACAGUGCAGAGAAUCAUAAGUUUUAUAGGAGGAGCUUUAAAUGAUGUUUUAAAGUUGAACCAUCAUGCACACUUGUGCUACUCUCCUAGUUUGUAGUGCUUCAGUGUAAAUCCAUGCACAGCCCAGGUCAGUACUCCCCUCUUAACAGUGGCCUGUUUCUCUUAGGUGUGCUGUGUAACAGAUCCCUCAGCUAGGCUGCAAGCCUUCAUUUUGUUGCAUCUUCCCCUGUGAACAGAGCAGCCAUAGUACUCUCACUCCCACUCCCUGCCAUGGGGCACAGAUCCUUAACUACUGGUGGUUUGGGCUGUGUGGGACAGGGUCUCAGGAAGGGCUUCCUGAGUAUGAGUUGAAAAGAACACUUACUACAUUGUUACCAGUCUGCUAGAUGGCUUGACAAAAAGGCCUAGUACCCUUGGUCUCUAGCAGCUCAUCAUGAGAAUGUUUCUAUCAGUCAUGGAUGUUGUAUUUAUUUUUUGCAAGCUUCCAUUUGUUUUUUUCUAAAGCCUCUUGAGUAUUAUUUACACCCAUACAUAUGUUUCAUCUUAAUUUGAACUUGAAAUUACCCAAGUACAAAAUGUUUUACUACAGGGUAACAGAUACCUAUCUUGUAAGUAUGGGUAGUAUACAGUGAUAUGAGGCCAAGGAAGUAUUUCAAAAAAACAGGAAUUGAAAACCUUGUUAAACCUUAACGAUAAUAAAUAUAAGAAAUCGCUUUAAAAAAGAAAUACUUUCAAAGAAGUGAUGGUUUUGAAAAAAUUAUUUGGAUAUUUUUCUAGAUGUCUGUGGUAAGUUUUUCUUCUUUGGGGUAUGGAAUUUAUCAAAGACACCUAACUCUCUUAGGCCCAGAUUUCUCUCUGAAAAAUGGGUGGCUUGCUAAAGGGUAACAAUGUUGGGAAAGAUUAAUUGCAAGGCUAAGGGAAGAGAAUCAUCAGUCUCCUUUCUACUCUAUCUUCCUUGCAUUUAAUGUAAUUGGUCACUUUGUGUAUCAUUGACUAGGCUUAGAUUGAAAUGUCGUUCCCACAAAGCCUAUAUAAAUCAGCCGUUAGGUUAUGUUGUAUUUGAAUGCCUUACAUCCACAUGUGAAGAGCCAUUCACCUAAAGGUCAGAUGCCAGCCAGAAGAAGACUACUGCCUAGUAUUAGCCCCCAAGAUGAAUUAUCUCAUGUAAGCUCCAUCCCCCACCUCUUAUAAUCAUCACAGCAUGAGUAGCCAGUGCGCACUGGGUAAUAAGAUAGCAACUUGUGUUGCUGAAGCUAAUCUAAUUCUGAAUAGCAGGCUUCCAGGCCUCAGCUGAAUGAAAUUGCUUGGUAUUUCUAAGUUAGAAAAUGCUUUCUUCCCCUUUCAAGUGCUCCUUGGCAUCAAGUAAGGAAUGUUAAAGCUGUUGUAAGUGCCAAUUAAGGCCAAUUAUAACCUGCCUGGCCUGCUGAGACAGUGAAGUAGAGUUGGUUAAGGCUGUGUUCCUAUAAAAUGGAGAACUGCCUGUGCCAGGGACAGGAACAUUAUAUUUCAUAACUGCCAACAGUUUGUUUGUUGCCCUGAAGAACACAGCAUUACAACUUUGAUGGCUUCUCAGAGAUUCAAUUUCUAAGAAAGGAGGAGGUGGCAUUAUUACUGUCUUGCUCUCACUUUUUCCUUCUUUUCAAGUGAGAUCCUCUCUCCACUUUUGCCUGGUUAUGACCACAAUAGCUAUCUUUUCUUCAAUGUUUGAGACAUGCUAGGCACUGCUGCAGUAAAGCACAUGAGCAUUACCUAGUGUCAGCCUUACCUGUGGGAGAAAGUAUUGGCUGCCAGGUUUGCUCUGGGCCACACAACAAGAGGUGCUAGACUGCAGCCUGGCUGCCCUCCUCUCUCAAGCCAAGCCCUUGCUAUCUCAGCGCUGCCCCUGUGUGUUCUUAUUCACCCCAGAAUGGUGUCCCUUCAGGACUCCUUUAAUAGAGAGUAAAACUUUUAUGUGCAUACCAUCCAAACUAUAGUCAAGUUGUCUAAUUUAUGGUCUCCAAGGCAGAGAUGUUAUGUUACUAAAUGGCAUUUCAGUUUGUCAUUUUUUUCUCCAUAGAAAUAUGACCAGUCAUAUUUUGUGAGACUUAAUAUCAAGCUAUAUUUGAACAAGAUACUGGGAAAUAAUUUAAAUAAGAUCAAAAUGAUAGCUAUACCACCAUUCAUUCUUUUUCUGAUGUAUAUAUAGAAAAUAAAUUCAAACUGUUUAUCUUAGCCAGGCAUAGUAAUAUAAUAUAAUAUAAUCUCAGCUAGUUGGUCAACUGAAACAGGAGAAUUGCACGGUUGAGGACACUUUUGAAACAUAGGCCCUGUCUCAAAAAGAAGGGAUGGAAGCUAGGGAAAUGGCUCAAGUGGUAGAAUACAUGCCUAACAAUGCAUUUAUAUUACACUCGAUCCUCAGUAUCAAAAAGCCAGUGUGGGUUUUCUAACCCUUGUUUCCUUGGUGUUGUAGAAAGGCAUCAUUCCCAGAACUGUUAAGGAUUUUCUGGUUGUUUUCCUCAUUUGUGCUAUCCCUAUGUGGGAAGGGGAACAUUAGGAAGGCCAGCGUUUGUGCUAGGAGGCUGCUAAGGACAUUGUGUACUCCUGUGCAUUCACAGUGUAGAACCUGAGUCUCAGCCUGAGGAAGGUCCUAAACACUUAAAUAUACCUAGUGCUGUUCUGCUGUUGGUAACAUGAGGGAAAAAGCCUUUGCUGGCCUGUCAGGCGAGCAGGUGAGCUGUAAUGAACAAUACUGUAAAAGCCACUGCACCAAGUAUUUUUCUCUAGCUUGAGAAAACCAGCAAACUUACCUGAAAUCCUUAUUUGUUUUUUUAAGAUUGAGAAGUAUCUUUAUCACAUGCUUUUAAGGCCUGUGAUGGAUCAUCCUUAAUGUUCUUAGGAUCUUAAGGACCACUGUGGUUUGGAUUUUGUAAUUGUAACUAAGAAUCUGGAGGAAAAAAGUAGGUUUUAGAAGAAUGCUUGGAUCUUCAAUUGAAAGGCAUAGUUAAAAUCCAAAUGCUUGUGAAAUAAAGCAGUGUAGCUACUGUCUGUUUUAUUUUAAUCAGUUAAGAAUUUCUAUCUCAUUUAAUAGAAGCCAUGUAAUUCCCAAGCUUCAGGCCUCCUUCCCUUUCCCAGGCCAAAUUAUAUCCACACAUGUAAUCUGUGACAUUUGCCAAAUAGUCUGUGUGGGAUGAAGGGAUGGUUACCUCUCCCUUUCCUCCUUACUUUCAAUUUAAAAAUGUGUGUUAGUCUGUCAAGCAUUUGAGUCAUUAUUAUAAAACCUAUAUCACUUAACAGUUUUUUAAUGCCUAUUUGACAGUAAGGCUUAUAAUUGGUGGGAGAGAAUAGGUAUGUAAAGAAGUAAGUAAUGCCUGAAGUAAGUAAACAGCAAGUGAGGAAGACACUGUGUGAAGGGGACUACUGCGGCAUGAAAAGUGCAGGUUUAUGCUUUAGUCCUCUAGUAAUUGAGCAACAAACACUCAACAGUAUGUGAAGCUAUGCAUAUUUUAAAAUACACACAGAAAAUGGGUCAAGAUUUUAUUACUAGACUUAAAAAGGGAAAGUAUGUUUUAAGUAUAAAUUUUUUUAAGUUUAAUAAGCAUAGAUAGCAUAAAUAUGAAGAGAAGCUGCUAAUAUUUGUGGACAUUUUAACUUCAAGACUUGUAGAUCUGGCAAGGUUUAAAAUAUAAUUUUUAUUAUUAAUCCUGUAAAUUUAUAUAUUCUUGACAGUAACAGUAUCAUUUUAAAUAUAUUCAGAAAACUUAGAUUGUGAAUAGGUCACAUUUUGGCAGGAUAAAUUUAUAAUAUCUAUCUUGUUCAGUUCUGGCAAGUUGCCUUUCAAAAAAAGGGAUUAAUUUACACUGGCGGGGAAGCCUUGUAUGACCAUAUUAGAUGAAAUUAGACUCCACCCCCUGUUUUCUGUUGAUCUGCCAGGACCUUUGUAAUUCAAGUGCUUUUUACAGUAGUAGCAAAUGUUACAUAAGCCCAAACAUGGAGCAUAUUUGGAGUUGGUGGGCAGACCCAAAUCAUGAUGCAAGCCUUCAGUAGCAAGUGUGCAGUGAAGCACAGCCAAAUUCUGUGAAUGGAAGGUAGCGAGUCGCCUUUCCAGAGCAGCCCUUUUUCUGCGCAGGAGCUGAAAGUUCCACUGGAAAGGAGACAUAGCUCAUCUAGCAAGCCGCCUUUGGCCGUCCCUCCCACUUCAGUAUUUUCCUUCUUCAAUUCUCUGCCCAAAAGCAAAGGAGGCAGUGCAGGUGGAAGCAGCAGGUCUUCCAGUGGAGGAGUUCUCAGUGCAUCCUCAUCAAGUUCAAAGUUGUUGAAAUCGCCCAAAGAGAAACUGCCAAUCAGGGGGAGCACCAGGCCCAUGCAUCCCAUUCAGCAGAGUAGAGUACCCCCUGCUAGAGUCAACAUGACGCCCUCUGUAAAGGUGGAAAAGAUACAUCCGAAGAUGGAUAGCACACUACUGAAAUCUGCGGUGGGGCCAACCUGUCCUGCUACUGUGAGUUCCUCAGUCAAGCCUGGCCUUAACUGCCCCUCAAUACCAAAGCCAAACUUGCCUUCACCUGGACAGAUUCUGAAUGGCAAAGGACUUCCUGCACCACCAACUCUGGAAAAGAAAUCUGAAGACAAUUCCAAUAACAGGAAGUUUUUAAAUAAAAGAUUAUCAGAAAGAGAGUUUGAUCCUGACAUCCACUGUGGGGUCAUUGACCUUGACACCAAGAAGCCCUGCACCCGGUCUUUGACGUGCAAGACACAUUCCUUAACCCAGCGGAGGGCCGUUCAGGGUAGAAGAAAACGAUUUGAUGUGUUAUUAGCCGAGCACAAAAACAAAACCAGGGAAAAGGAAUCCAUUCGCCAUCUGGACUCCCAGCAACCAUCACAGCCUCUCAGGGACCCGCAUCCCGCCCCUCCUAAAACGUCGCUGGAGCCACACCAAAAUUCUCAUGGAUUGAUUCCUUCUGAAUCAAAGCCUUUUGUAGCUAGUAAACCUAAACCUCACACCCCCAGUCUUCCAAGGCCUCCAGGCUGCUCAGCUCAGCAAGGUGGGAGUGCCCCCAUUGACCCUCCUCCAGGCCAUGAAUCUCCACACCCUCCCCUGCCUGCCACUGAGCCAGCUUCUCGGUUAUCCAGUGAGGAGGGCGAAGGCGAUGACAAAGAAGAGUCUAUUGAAAAACUGGACUGUCAUUAUUCAGGUCAUCAUCCUCAGCCAGCAUCUUUUUGCACAUUUGGGAGCCGGCAGAUUGGAAGAGGCUAUUACGUGUUUGACUCCAGGUGGAACCGGCUUCGCUGUGCUCUCAACCUCAUGGUAGAGAAGCAUCUGAAUGCACAGCUAUGGAAGAAAAUCCCCCCAGUGCCCAGUACCACGUCGCCCAUCUGUGCACGCAUUCCUCACCGGACAAACGCCGUGCCGACAUCACAAGGUGGGAUCAGCAGUCUUUCAGCAGCCUCUGUCUCUACAUCCCCAGUUCUGCUCUCAUCCACCUGCAUCUCUCCAAAUAGCAAAUUGGUACCUGCUCAUGGAACCACACUAAAUGCACAGCCUGCCGUUUCUGGGGCGAUGGAUCCUGUGUGCAGUAUGCAAUCCAAACAAGUGUCCUCUUCAUCCUCUUCCCCCUCCACACCCUCUGGCCUCUCCUCAGUCCCCUCCUCCCCUAUGGCCAGGAAACCUCAGAAGUUGAAGUCCAGCAAGUCUUUAAGGCCCAAGGAGUCUUCUGGUAAUAGCACUAACUGUCACAACGCCAGCAGCAGUACCAGUGGCGGCUCAGGAAAGAAACGCAAAAACAGUUCCCCAUUAUUAGUUCCCUCUUCCUCCUCUUCCUCUUCUUCUCAUUCCAUGGAGUCUUUUAGGAAAAACUGUGUGGCUCCUCCCGGGCCUCCCUACCCAUCCAUGGUGACAUCUUCCCAUAGCAUCGGCCUCAACUGUGUGACGAAUAAAGCGCACUCUGUGAGCCUCCGGCAUGAGCCAUCAGGGAGGGGGCCCCCAGGCGGGAGCCCCGCGGAGUCCAUCAAGAGGAUGAGUGUGGUGGUGAACAGCAGUGACUCCACGCUUUCUCUUGGCCCAUUCAUUCACCAGUCCAACGAACUGCCUAUCAACUCCCAUGGCAACUUUUCACACUCACACACUCCUCUAGAGAAGCUUAUAGGAAAGAAAAGAAAGUGCUCUCCCAGCUCCAGCAGCAGCAAACCCACAAAGGUUGCCAAAUUGCCGGCCACGAACAACGUCCACAUGAAACACGCUGGCACCAUCCCAGGGGCACAAGGACUAACGAACAGUUCCCUCCUCCAUCAGGAUAUCUCCUCACCUUGCUUACGAACAGGAAUUUCAGCAGCAGCACCCCAGAGCCCUGACUUAAAAUCCAAAGGCACGUCCCUGACAGCUGAAAACAGCACGGGGAGGAAUAAUCCGGACACUUUUGAGGACAAGUUACACCUCCACUCAGCACUCUGGACUCCACGAUGCCUUUGAGUCUCUCUUCAUGACCUCCUUGGGCCUCCAGGGUAACCGCUGGGCUGCUGUUGGGAGGAUUUCCCCGAAGCUGUGUCUGUAGCAGUGAGCACUCCUGAAGGACACUGGGUCAAGUUCAGCCACCGGGCUGCUUUCAUCAGUGUUAAAGUGGUCUGGACUGCUUGCUACCAAUCUGUGAGAAGCUUUUGGUUUUGUUUAUUUUUUUUAACUUGUUCUAUCGUGGAGCUACUCUAAGUAGAUCGGCCAGGCAAAAAGAUGGUUUGACAAGAAGGUUAAUGUCGACUUUUCUCUCUCCUACAUCUCCUUGCCGGUUUCUUCUUUCAUUCUCUCCCUGCCUCCUUUCCUUCUUGCCCAUUUCCUUUCUCCUACUGUCUUCUGUAGGUCCCUCUCCAACACCUCCACUGGAGACCUCUGAGGAAAGGUCGCUGCCUCCUCAGCAGCUUUCUAACGGCUUUGAUAGCAGUGUUCCAGAAGUAGAAUGUGCGCCGUGACUCAAGGUCACGUGACAAGAUAGGCCCGCCUUUUGCAAAUAAUUUGGGAUAAGACACUACCAAAAGCUUCCAACUUACUGGCUUGAAGCUUUUGAUGUCCAGUUAGCAGGUAUCAGCCACAUUAGAGGCUUACUUUCCAUGGUACAAAACCAAUCCCAUGUGAAAGGAAAAGCAAAGAUGAUGCAAACUAUUUUUGAUGAUGGAAAGCCAAAAUGGGGCGGGUGGAUGCGGGUGGUAAAAUCAUAAUGAAGGGGAAAAAAAUUCCCACAUUUCCAAAGAAGUGGAAUUGUCUUACCAUUUAUUUUCAUGUAAAACAGUAUGUCAGAUUGUGCAGAUUGUCCUGCCCAAUCUUUUUUAAAGUUUGCCUUUUUAAAAUAAAACUACUAGGAUAUACUUAAAUAUUUCAAAGGCAUUACCCCAGUUUUCCUCCUUGGAUACUGUCCUAGUACUCAGUAUAAAUGUCUGCCUCCUGUGCUCUGGGCAUUGUGUGUGCCCCUACUUCCCUUCUGGCCACUGCAGACAUGGACUUAGGUGCAUUUCGGGUGGGGAGCAGACCCCCAGUGGUGGGAAGCUGGAGUGUAAGUACACAUUCGUGUGAGGCUUACAGCAUGUUUCCUGGAGUAGCCCUCUUGUCUUUAUAAGAGUUUUGGAGCCUCUAAGAUGGUUUUUGUAGUGCUUCACCCCAAAUGAAAAUUUAAUAAGUUAAAACAGCAUAGUUUGAGAUGGUAUUGUUGAAUUUUGCGAAUAAUCUGGGGCCUUUUAGUGGACCAUCCCACCACCAGUGCUCCUGAACCAAGGACCAGUCUACCAGUCUCUGAAUUAGGAGUGUUCACACAGAGUAGCCUAGCCCAACGCAGGGCAAAAUUCCCACCGUUGUGAUCAGUGCACUGGGCAGGGCCUGCUCAGAGCCAAUCAGUGCAUCCUUUUAGCCCCACAGUUCUUGGGUUACAAACUUCAGUUUCAGGGAAUUUCAAGUCAACAACCUGUAGAAUGAAUAAAUAUUUGGUUACCAGCCUAAUAAAUGUGAAUUGCUACAGAAUUAUUCUUAUUAUGUAAGAAAACAAAGACUUUAUGCAGAUACUUUAAGUAUAAAUUGAUGUAAAAUACUGAUUUUUUUUUUUAAGGAAGGGGAGAACAGUAUCUUGUUCAAUUUUAUGCAAUCAAUCAGUAAAUGUUUUUUAAAGGAUACUAUAGGAGAGCUAGUAAGGAGAGAGCAUGGAUGGAUGGGCCAGUUUAGGUAUAAAGGAAAUCAGUCUGGUUGUUCCAUCCCAGUUGUGGCGGAGAAGAAUAAGAGGGAAUCAGGAUGUAUCUAGUUGAUUCCUUGGUACAAGUGCAAUGGGGUAUGGGUAGAAUUUAUUUUCAGAGCCAAGGGGACUUUGAUGGUUAUAAAUUAAGUUGGUUUUAGUGAUGGAAUUUGUAGACAGAUCAAGUGUUCUGAAAGAUGUGAAUAGGAUCCACAGUAGCAAGUUGAUUCAGAUUAAUGUAGAUAUUUAGAUUAGUGAGUGUUACCAUUUGAUUUUUUUAGGCUGAAGUUUUAAUUGAAUUUCAUUAUGUCUCCUGGUAAUACAUAGAACAUUGGGAUUAGGAAAUUAGCCAUUUUGGAUUUUGCUUGCCACAAACAGACCUAUUCCAAACAGUGCUAUUAAACUUUAGACUGUUCAAAUAUUUUAUUUUCUCCAACAACUACUUUUUAUUAUGAUGAACAAUUAAGACCAUUUAAAACACAGGAGUAAAAGUAUUUUUUGAAUUAAAUUAACUUGCAAAAACCAAAUUUGCAGUGGUUGGGUUGUUUCUUAGACAGACUUUGGUAUCAGUUUAAAAACCAAGAUAAUUUUUAUAUUCUUUCCAAUAGAAUUUCAUGACAACUUCUGCAGUUUUCUUAACAUACAAAAAAAAGUGCUGCAAUGAUGAACAAAGAAUUAUACAAAACCUACUUUUGUAUCUUUAUUUUGGGAUUUCUUGUUCUAUUAUAAAUAUGGAAGUAGCCCUAUUUCAGAAGACAUAUUUUGUUAAAAAUGAAUUGUACAUAUUUAAAUAUGUAUUUUUGCACAGGUCUUUUUUUCUGAUAUCCUGUUUUGGUACAAUUGAGAUCAUCUAGUAUUUAUUUAUUAAUUAAUAAAAGUAAAUACCUUUUUAUAAUUUGAAGUGGUUCACUGCCAAGCCAAUAGUUGUAGAACCUGCCUCCUUUACAGUGGAAAGGUUGCCUCUGUUCUGUGAAAGUCUUUGUUCCUUUUAAUGUCUCAAGAGUGGAUUCACACAGACGAAGUGGGCAUUGCUUCUCCUUGGUUGCCUGAUUUCCCAGUAGACCACAUGUGACUAAAUGACAUACUGCUUUUCUCUCGUUAGUGUUUAUGUGCGAGUGUGUGUGUGUACGCGUGUGCGUGCCUGUGUGUGUACACUCUGAGCACACUUGUGUUACGUAUGUGAUGUGGUUUAAAACUAAUGGAAAAACUGAAAGUGCCUGAACCUAACUUUAAUGCUUAGACAGAUUCUCUUUAAAAAAAAGACUUGAAUGUUCAGUUGAACUUUUAGAGUUUGCUUUUUCCACCUACAUAUUGUUUGUAAAAUUUUAGGGGAGGAGUUGAAAACAACCAAUGCUGGUAAAUUUUAUAAGGUAUUUUACAUGUAAGACCUUUGGUUCACAGUAAUUUCACUGGUGAUGGAUUUGCCAGUGGCACCAAGAAUUUAAAAUCUGUCAGCCAGCAACGUACAUGCCAUGUCCGUUUUGUCACUCAUGAAAUAAGAGAGUUUAAAGUAGAAUAUUUAAAAUAUUUUGUAUUACAAAAAUAUAAUACAAAGAUGUACCUCUGAGAACAUUGAAAAAUGUAUAAUUUGAGAAAUCUAACUCAAAAUGGCAGCUGUCUUCCUGCAAGAGUUCUGUUGCCAAGGAGUUUCUUCAUGUCUCUCAUUCUGUCCUGGGUGUGGGGAAAGUUGGGCUUUGAAACAUGAUUGCUAAAAGUUUCAUUGUUUAAAAGAAAAUAAUCAUUUUUACAUUUUGUGCAAACAUUUUACAUUUCCAGAUGAUUUUAAAUGAGCACUACAUACUGUCAGUGUGAAUGUAGGGCCUUGAAAGCAUUUUUUUGGACUUGGUUAUAAAAGCAAUCUCCUGUGUUAAAAUGUGUGAAUAGUUGGACAAUGUGUACACAUAAUCAAGAGCAUCUCAGCUGGACUUUGUGUUGGCUGCUGUAUAGAACAUGAACAAAAUGUCAAGGGAUAGAAAAUUACUUUGGAUAUUUAAAAGAGAAGAAAUAUAUAGUCUAUUUGUUUUGUAACAAGUUUCUGUAAAUAAAAUAAUUUAUACUAUUUAUAAGAAAAAAGUUGUGUUCUGCUUUAUGAGAAAUUAGUUUGUGGAACAAAUAUGUUACUAAACAGGCAAUAAAAUUAGGUCUUCUCAAUAAAUAAGGUUGGCUGCAUGAACUA